CGACCGAGUGAGUUACAGCUGUGAGUACCCGGCUGCUUCAAGGAUGGCGCGCGCACUCACACGCCCGACCAGAGCCUGCGUGGCGACGGAUCUGAGCACUCUACGGACGUGGAGAAGAGAGCGCAUUUCGCGGGCAUCCCUUCCUCCUCCAGUCGUGCAGCUGCGCAGGCUAUCGCAGGGACACAACGUACAACGCGUGGGUGAGCGCGACAAGGACGCCGCCGGGGGUGUUACGUCCGUGCGUCACACGCGCAACGGCGGACGUCUCGGGCGGGGCGACAGCCCCUUGCAGCUGGCGACGCAGCACCGUGACGUGGGUAGAGAUGAGCGCGUGUCAGUUCUUUGGCGAUAGAUUCGCGCGAGUAACGUUGCGUUGCUCAAGUCCUACGUAGAGGCAAGCAACUGUACAAACGGUGUCGAUAUACACUGCGGUGCAUCCUACUCCAGCCGCCAAUGGACCACGGACGACCCACUUGCGCGAUGCCAACGUGCCAACUUGCGGUCAUGGCGAGCGCAGCUGGCAAAAUCGGCGGCAUCUGCUCGCGCGGAAGCAUCACCCAAGCGCGUUGAGAUCGUCCCAUCGUUCUCGUCGGCCCAUGGACAAGCAGCAUGCUGGAGUCAUGGAAGGAGAUAAUGGCCAAAAGCAUGUCUUGCUCGAGCCACCUCCGCUGGAUCAGCUGCACGGAGGACGACGCGUGUAGCAUCAGGCGCCCUCAUACAGUAUCUUUUUUCUCGGCUACUCGGUCGGAGCUACUGCCGUCCACAUUGCCGAAUGCCAACGCGACGUUGCUGGGUCCACGCACCUUGUUGGCGGAGUACCCGAGCGUCGUGACGGGUGCUGCAUGAAGACCAGGGUCAACUUGGUGCGAUGGGACCAUGUGCGGUCGAUCUCUCUCUGCGGGACAGAGCGCGGAACAGAAAACCGUCGAGUACUGGACAAGGGAAUUGAUGCUGGAUCGCGACGGUUCGCAGUGGAUCUUGGGACGCGACCAGCAUGGGCCCGAAGAAGGACAAGAAGAAGGGCAAGGAGAAGAAAGACGAGAGCGCCGACAAUGGCGGCGUGCUCACGCCCGAAGACCAAGUCAAGGUCCUCGGCUGCAUGAAUCGGUCGCUGCAGCAGCAGCUCGCCGACCGGCAAGAACUCGCUGUGAAAGCGCUCGAGGCGAAGCGCGAGCUCCAGACCCGCGUCGCGGACCUGCAGCGCGACUUUGAAACCGGGCGGAGCCAGACGUUUGGCAUCACGCAGGACAUGACGCGGCAGUACAAGAGCAUGCAGGAGGAGCUCCUCAACCGCAUCAACGCACUCGAAAACACCAACAUGGAGCUGCGCGACCAGCUCGAGCUCGCACGCGUCCACCUCGAAGAAGUCAAGCGGGAAAAGGACGGCGCGCUCGCCGGCAAGAACAACGAGAUCCAGGAGCUCAAGGCCAAGAUGGAGGAAAUGGCCGCCGAGUUUGGUGACAUGCUCAAGGAGACGCUCGACAAGAUGCGCGAGCGCAUCGAGAUCUCCAACACGAGCUACGACAACGAGUCCAACACGCCCAUGAUGCGCCGCUUGGAAGAGUUCAACCUCGGGAGCAGCUCGCCGUCGAAACCCCUCGUCAAGUGACGAGGCGCGAUGGUAAUAGGCAUUGCAGACAGGAUUACAUCGUGUUGCUGCCAUCGUCGUAACAGCAACCUUGGCACGUCGGUCACGCCCCGGGCACUGCAC